CAAUCAACUCUCCGGUGCGAACCCUGGAAGCCCUAGCUAUAAACUCUGCCCAAAUUCGCCGUCCUCUACCUCUUCUGUUCACCGCGCGAGGCAGCAGCAGCAGCAGCUUCCCCCAAAGCCAAAUCCCCAACCCACACAACUCCACUCUCCAGGUUAGGGCUUUGGGAUGUCGGAUCGGCAGCCGUCGGAGGAGCCGGAGGAGCAGGUGGACCUGGAGGGGGACGACGACGUCAUGGACGACGAGGAAAGCUACCGCCGCCGCCGCCACCACGGCGGCGAGGACUCCGACGAGCCGGAGGAGGAGCCGCAAGAGGUGGAUGCCGAUGGGGAUGACGACGCCGGGAUGGCGGUUGCGGCUGAGGAGCCUGCCGCCGGAAGCGGCGACGAUAUGGACAAGGCUGAGGCUGAUGGGCCUGAGGACGAGGAGGAGAAGAGCAAGUGGGAGGAGCUGCUCGCACUGCCCCCGCAGGGCUCCGAGGUGUUCCUCGGCGGCCUCCCGCGCGACACAACCGAGGAGGACCUCCGCGAGCUAUGCGAGCCAUUGGGCGAAAUCUAUGAGGUGAGGCUGAUGAAAGACAAGGAGACGAAGGAGAACAAGGGAGUUGCCUUUGUCACGUUCACUGCCAAGGAUGUGGCGCAGCGUGCUAUCGAGGAACUGCACGACAAGGACCACAAGGGGAGAACACUGCGAUGCUCCUUGUCUCAGGCAAAGCACAGGUUAUUCGUGGGCAAUGUACCCAAAGGGUUGAGUGAGGCGGAGCUCACGAGCAUUAUCAAAGGCAAGGGGCCAGGGGUAGUCAACAUUGAGAUGUUCAAGGAUUUGCAUGACCCAAGCCGGAACCGUGGGUUCCUCUUUGUUGAGUACUAUAACCAUGCUUGCGCAGACUAUGCCAGGCAGAAAUUGUCAUCACCAGACUUUAAGGUUGAUGGAAGUCAGUUGACUGUUAGCUGGGCUGAACCCAAGGGAUCAACAUCAUCAUCAUCAUCGGAUUCUUCUUCUGCUGCUCAGGUGAAGACUAUAUAUGUGAAGAACCUACCAGAGAAUGUUUCAAAAGAGAAGGUAAAGGAUCUCUUUGAAGAAUUUGGAGAGGUCACAAAAGUUGUUUUACCGCCUGCUAAGGCUGGACAUAAGAGGGAUUUUGGGUUUGUUCACUUUGCUGAAAGAUCAAGUGCACUGAAGGCAGCUAAAGGAAGUGACAAAUUUGAAAUUGAUGGGCAAGUGCUUGAAGUUUCCAUGGCCAAACCAUUGGGUGAUAAGAAACCUGACCAUUCGUACAAGGCUGGAGGAGCUCCUAACUAUCCUCUUCCUCCUUAUGGUGGCUACAUGGGAGAUCCAUAUGGUGCCUAUGGUGGUGGUCCUGGAUUCAACCAACCUAUGAUCUAUGGUAGAGGGCCAGCGCCAGCCGGGAUGAGGAUGGUACCAAUGGUGCUCCCUGAUGGCCGCCUUGGCUAUGUCUUGCAACAACCAGGUGGAAUGCCUCCUCCACCCCCUCCUCGACGUGGGGACCGACGUGAUGACCGACGUGAUGGUGGUGGCAGAGGCGGUGAAGGAAGCCGGCGCUAUCGCCCCUACUAGUUUUUGCCUUCCUCGCACUUGGUGAUGAUGAAUUUGUUAGCUUAUUAAUGAGUUAGGAGCGUGUCUUGUUGUUGCAGCUAAGACUUGUACUCUGGCGCCACCCAUUUCAAUAACUUAUGUACCAUGCAGUGCGUGUGAGUUGUGACUUGAAAACUGAGUGCCGUCUCUUUCGUUUCUACUAAACAAGACUGACGGAUUGUUAGCAGACACAUCUAUUGGAGCUCAGUUCGUUGUUUAUGAAAUGAUUGUUUUUUCUUA